AUGUGCCGCGCAAAGUACUACUGCGUUUGGGCUAGUGACGUCUGCAAGGACCCCUUCUCCCACGGCCACUUCGUCAGAAUCGCUCCCUGCUCCAAUGAAGAAGCCCGUGAGGCACUUGAAGCUAGACAAAUCGAAGAAACCCGUGAGGCACUUGAAGCUGGAAAAGGAAAGCCCUUCUCGGUCCGCCUUGAAGAUGUCCGGUUUGGCGAAUACAUGCGCUACAAUUUCACCUUUCGAGAAGAGUCUGCUCUGAAGCGCUGUGUCGACUACAACAAUGAGGAGCUGGAGAAGACUAGGUUCAAGGAGACUUGUUAUAAUGAAAGGGGGAGGAGUUGGGGGAGGAGUAAAUCGGCGGCAAGAAAGCGGAAAGCAAAACGAAAGAGAACGCGGGAGGCUGUGAGAGAUGCUGGUGCGGAUGGCGAUGAGGCUGGAGGCGAAGGGUCGGAUGCGGCGGUGGACUCUGAUACUACGGCGGUGGACCCCGAUGCUACGUCUGUGGACUCGGAUACUACGGCUGUGGACCCUGAGAAUGCGGACAUCCAAGAUGUUUCGGCAACGAACGCAGAGAUGAACGCGGAGACGAGGCUAGACACAGCUCCCGGGAGCAACGCAGAAAAAGCUCCAGAGACGAACCCAGCGACAGCUCCAGAUACAACUCCAGAAACGAAGCCAGAAUCGUAG